CGUUUCUGUUGCCGCCGCCGUUGCCGCCAUCGUCAGGUCCGCCCAGCCUCACAUCCCGGGCAUUUUCCUGGGAUCUGGACUGUCGGCUGCUGGCUGGAGCGGUCCCUCUUUGAACAGAGCUUCGGCCCGGCAAAACACAGAUUAAUGAUGUCUCAUUUUUCUAUUGAAGAUGAAGCUCUCUUGCAACCUAUGCUCAGACAGUUAUUGCAAAGUGUCAAAGAAAAAAUCACAGGAGCACCAUCUGUAGAAUGUGCCGAAGAGAUUCUACUCCAUUUGGAAGAAACAGAUGAGAACUUUCAUAACUAUGAAUUUGUAAAGUAUCUUAGAGAAUAUAUAAGUAACAUCUUGGGGUCCGUAAUAGAAGAAGAAACUGAAAAAUGUACAUCAGCCCAAAAUCAGGGGGAAGGUUCGAAUUAUGACACUCUGGUACAGCAUGUUACUAAAAAGACCCGGGAAUCAAAGGAGUAUAGAGAAAUGAUGCAUUCGCUGAAGAAUGUCAUGAUGGUUGUAGUUGAAUCGCUAAUUAACAAGUUUGAAGAAGAUCAAAUGCGCUACAAAGAGAUGCAAAGAAAAGUGAAAACAGAACCACCCAACAGUUAUUAUGCAGAUAACUGUUCUGAUAGCGAUUCUUCCUUUAACCAGAGUUACACAUUUAUGAAUCAAGAACAAUUACAGCUGCUUGUAGAAAGACUCGAUCCGGCGCAACCUAAGGAGGUCCGCCAAGAAGCCAUUCAAACCUUGUGUUCUGCACCCCCAUCUGAUAUUUUAAAUUGUGAAAGUUGGAGUACCUUGCGUAAAUAUCUUGCAACAGCACUCUCGGAUCCUGAUUCCAGUUUCAGUGAUAAAGUCUUGAAAUUUUAUGCCAAGACAUUUUCCUCCUCUCCAUUAAAUAUGACAAGAGAACUCUAUACAAGCUUAGCAAAGUACUUAGAGGCAUAUUUUCUUGCUGAAGAUAAUUACAUUCCUAGUGUGUCAAUGGGUAUUGACAUAAGUAACCCAGACAUAAUACGUUUACUUAAAAAGAUGCGACUCCUGAAUGAGUACCAGAGAGAAGUAUCUUCUUUUUGGAUACGUCAUCCAGAAAAGUACAUGGAAGAAAUAAUGGAGAGUACUUUAUCCCUUCUGGCUGUAAAGCAUAAUAAUUCAAGUCAAAUGGCUUCUUCAGAAUUUUGGGAUCCACUAUACUUUUUGGCUUUGGUUGAUCUCAAAGCUGUGUGGUUUAAAAAAUGGAUGCAUGCCUACUACAGCAGAACAGUAGUGUUAAGGCUACUUGAAAAGAAAUACAAAUCUUUGAUCAUUGCAACUGUUGAGCAGUGUGCCACCUAUUUGGAAGCUUGUGAGUCAGCAGUGAAUGGAUCAAGAAUGUUUAAUCUAUUUUCCACACCACAUAAUAGUAAUAAACAGAAGAAUUUCUACACAGGAAAAGAAUUGCAAUAUAUUUAUUUUGUUCAUUCCCUGAGCCUCUUAGGCAGAUUAUUAAUAUAUAAACAAGGCAGAAAACUCUUUCCUAUUCAACUGAAAAACCGAAAAGAUCUGAUGACACUGAAAGACCUCAUCAUAAUGUUUACGCGUCUUAUUUAUUGCUCCCCAAAUUGCCCCAAACCCCUUACUGUGCAUUCAGGUAAUUAUUCUCCAGCUGGCCUCAUUACUGAUAUACUCCGGGUCCUUUGUGAUGGAAAGGAAUGUGCAACUGAAUGUCUAUAUACAAAUACAGUAAUAGAAGAACUUCUUCAACCACUACAUUACUUACUAAAAGGAACAGAGGUGAAUUUGAAUUGUCCAGAAACAACUCUAACACAUAUAGCUGAUAUUUUGGCGCGAAUUGCUGCUGCAGACGAUGGUCUUUCACUACUUCUUUAUGGAGGAGAGAAGUCUCCUGCCACAGAAAGCACAAGCCUCAAGGGUGCACAUAUUAUUGCCCAGUUUACAAAGAAGCUUCUUGAUGAAGAUAUUUCUGUUUUGUCUGGGUCUGAGAUGUUACCAGUCCUCAAAGGAGCUUUUAUCUUUGUAUGCCGCCAAAUGUAUAGUACCUGCGAAGGCUUAGAGGUGCUGCUGCCUUAUCAGUUACAUAAAUCUAUUGCUGAAGCUUGGAAAAAGACUAGUUUGCUUUCAGAUAGAAUUCCAACACCUAUAGCUGGGGUAGACACUGUUUCUUCAGUAAACCAAGAAUCUCAGAGUUGUAUUGUAUUAGAAGAAACGUUGUUGGAUGACUUGUUAAAUUUUGCUACCACCCCGAAAGGUCUUCUCCUUUUACAGAACACAGGAACAGUCACUGAAUGUGUCACCUUCAUGUUCAACAGGUUCAUGAAGAACCUCCAGGUUGGCAUUAUCCUAAAUCAAAUAGAAGCUUCCUCACCAGUUGCAAUCUAAUCUAGCAGAUUUAUAAAGGCCCUUAUUACUGAGUUAUGGGGUGUUCUGGAGUGUGGAAGAGAUGAUGUCCGAAUGACUCACCCUAGACCAACACCAGUAGAUCCAAUUGACCGAAGCUGUCAAAAGUUUUUCCUAGCACUGAUAAAUUUGCUGUCCUGCCCUGCUGUUUAUGAACUGAUAGGUGAUCAAGAGAUACCUAAUAAAGCAGAGUAUUCUCUUCGUGAAGUUCCUACAGAUGUUGUUGAUAUAAUUGACAGGCUUAUAGUUGUUAACACUGAAGCUAAAAUCCAUUCAUUAUUCAACUAUGAGCAGUCUCAUAUCUUUGGACUGAGGUUAUUAAAUGUGCUAUGCUGUGAUCUAAAUACCCUUCUGCUUCUAGAAUCUCAAUACAAGGUAUCAGAAGUGCUUUUAGAUGCUCAGAAUGAAAAUGCCAUCAGUAUUUCUGAAACUCCUCGGCAAUUUAUAAUCGAUGGCUUAUCGGUUGAGAGAAACCAUAUUCUCGUUAGAAUAAGUCACGUCGGGGGCCCCACCGAACGGAUCUUGCCUCCAAGAGUACUGCAUAAGGGUGAUGAUCCAUAUCCUUGGCCAAUGUUUUCGUCAUAUCCUUUGCCAGCAUGCUAUCUUGCUGAAUUUCCUAGAAAAAACCAUUCAAGGAAAGAUGACGAUGUUAGCAAACUUUUAUCUGUAUUAAAAAACCCAAAUAAACAGACAGGAUGGCUUGAAAAUGUUCAAAGGCAGUUUUGUGAAAUCAUGCAAAAGAAACCAGAUGUCAUAAGUGGAGCCAAUUUGGCAGAAUUAAUUGAAAAAACUGUGUUGCACCUCUUUGAAAUACCAUCAGAACAUUAUUUCAGCAGCAAGGUAUAUGAAGCUGAUGUAAAUAUGGAGAUUAAAAACCUUACAGCAAUUCAGCAAGUUGGAAUUAAAAUGACAAUCAGCUAUGGUAAACAUUUGAAUCUGUUGAAGGAGAAUGCAGAAAAUGAUCUAUAUCAAGUGCUAAUCUACUCUGAGAAAUAUUUGAAACAACAGAAAGUACCUUUAAAGAAAUCAUUACAUAAUCAGCUGGACGGAUACGUAUGCUAUGACUGGUUUGUAUCUUCUGUGUUUCUAAUAAUGAUGGGAAAUCGAGAGAAGACAUUAACAUUUCUCCACCAGUUCUCUUAUCUUCUUGUUUCAGCCUUUCUUUGGGCACCACGACUGCAUAAUUCUGUACAUCUGCCUGUGGACACAGCAGCAUCUGGCAUCCAUCCAGUCUACUUCUGCAGUGCUCACUAUGUUGAGAUGUUGCUGAAAGCUGAGUUGCCACUUGUUUUUUCUGCUUUCCAUAUGUCUGGAUUUACAUCAUCACAGAUCUGUCAGCAGUGGCUCACACAGUGUUUCUGGAAUUAUAUGGACUGGAGAGAGAUUUGUCAUUAUAUUGCUAUUUGUAUUUUCCUUGGCCCAGAUUACCAGAUAUAUAUGUGCAUAUCUGUGUUCAAACAUCUACAACAAGAAAUCCUUCAACAUACCCAGGCUCAGGAUCUUCAAGUUUUUCUUAAAGAAGAAGCACUCCAUGGAUUUCAGGUGAAUAAUUAUGUUGAGUAUAUGGAAAGCUUGGCUCAGACCUACAGACCAAUUCUAUUAAGAGACAUGAGGAAUAUUGGAGUGCCAAGCACGUAGAUCAAGCAGAUGAGCACAUCAUUUCAAAUUUUGCUUAUGUACUUUAAGGGGACAGUGAUUGUUUUAUUUCCUUCUCCAUAAAAAAAUGUAUUCAUUGUAGCUUUCCUUGCAGCCAAAUCAAUAAGGUUUUUCAGCAUACCAUUUUCACAAGACAACAUCCUCUAAAUUGGAUCAUCUGAAAAAUAAUGUGUUUUUUUAGCCAGGUGUCAUAGUUUGUUUACACUUGGUUUCAGAAAUUAGUUUUGAAUUACUUAAAUGUUCUGUUUAUAUUUUCCAAGAAGCAGUGUCUACACUAUUAAACUUUGCUUCCUAACAUUUCUAAAUUGCUGAAGGUUCAGUAGUAAGGAACAAGAAUGUGCACAUAACUUCUGAGCGCUGCAAAAAUUAGCUUGGGAGGUCAGAAAAUAAAAUAUAGUUACAGGUCCUGAGUGGUCCAGUUUGAAGUGUAAUGAAAGAUUUGUUAUUGGUUUUUGCUGUAAAUAUUUUUUAAAAAAUAGUAGUGUAUACUCUAAAGCAUUUACUUGAAGUUGUAGAAGGGAGUAAAUUAACACUUCUGUAGAUUUGUUAAUACAAAUGUAGAUUUUAUUCUGUUUUAUUGAAACUAAAUGUAAAAAAAUAAAACUUUGGGAACAUA